AAUGUCAACGAAUACAAUCAAAAUGUUACAAUAACGUAAUUUAGAUGUAGAAGUCUCAUGUUUUGAAGAUAAAUUACAAAUAUCCCCUUCGAAAUAAAACAAGGAAAAUUCACAUCAUAUUAAAGCAAAGACUUGUGAUAUGAGUGAUCUUAUUAAAAUGUUACAUAAAGUAGAAAUACAAAGUUCUUAAUAAGGAGGUAUUUAUAAUUUAUAGUUUUUCAUAAGACUAAAUUGAGAUAGAAUAAGAUAGUACUCCAAAGAAGUAAAUUCAGCAAGGAAAAACUUGUAGAUAUAUUCCCUUAAGGAGUGGAUAAAAAUAAACUUUAAUAGAGGAAUUCUAAUAUCUAGAAAUGGAAGAUGAAAACUAAGAGCCUUAAAAAGGUAGUGAUUAUAAAGAUUAAGGAAAUGUUUCUCUAAAGGAUAUCUAUAAGAUGCAUGUUUUUGGACAACCUUUAUAGAAUGAAUAAUUACAUUGGGAAUCAAAAAAUAUCUUCAGAUUUAAUGAUAAUACUCCUUAAAAAAGAAAUAUUCUAUAAGAUAUCAAUCCUUCAGUAUUGGAAACUUAUAAUAAUUUGAUCGAAUAUAGAGAAUAGUUUCAAAAUAAUUAGGAUUAUCAAUAUAGUCAUAGAAAAAUAAAUAAGGUACCAUUUAAAGUUUUGGAUGCUCCUCAAUUAUAAGAUGAUUUUUAUUUGAAUUUGAUAGAUUGGAGUUCAUAAAAUGUCUUAUCAGUAGCUUUAUAAUCAUGUGUUUAUUUGUGGUCUGCCUAUAAUAAUAGAGUGACUAAAUUUUGUGAUUUUGGUAAUAAUGAUGUAGUCUGUUCAUUGAUUUGGAAUCCAAUGGGUAAUCAAUUAGCAAUCGGCACUAAUUCUGGAGAGAUUCACAUAUAUGAUUAGGAAAAGAUGAAGAGGAUGUAGAUAAUAGAAGGACAUUCAGCAAGAGUGGGAUCAUUAGCAUGGAGUGGUCAUGUAUAUAUUUAAUAUAGAUUUUAGACUCUUUGUUCUGGUUCUAAAGAUAGAUCAAUAAUAUUACAUGAUCCAAGAUAGAAAAAAUAGACUGGUAAAUUUGAAGGACAUAAAUAAGAAGUUUGUGGUUUAAAAUGGUCACCAGAUGAAUAAUAAUUAGCCUCAGGUGGAAAUGAUAAUAAAUUAUUUGUUUGGAGAAUUGGUUCAUAGAUUCCAUUAGCUAAAUUUAGUCAACAUCAAGCAGCUGUUAAAGCUAUAGCUUGGUCACCUCAUAGACAUGGUUUAUUAUCAUCUGGUGGUGGUACUGCAGAUAGAACUAUUCGAUUCUUUAAUACCUUGACCACUUAAUAAUUAGAUUGGAUAGACACUGGUUCAUAAGUCUGUAAUUUGAUGUUCAGUAAAAAUGUCAAUGAAUUUGUCUCCACUCAUGGUUAUAGUAUGAAUUAGAUAGUCUGUUGGAAAUAUCCUACUUUAUAGAAAGUAUUUCAUUGUAUUAAUUAUAGGUCACUACUCUUAUGGGACAUACUUCAAGAGUUCUAUUUUUAGCUAUGUCACCAGAUGGAGAAACUAUUGUUACUGGUGCUGGUGAUGAAACCCUUAGAUUUUGGAAUGCAUUCCCAAAAAAAGAAGCAGCUUAACCAAUAAAUACUAUCUUAUUGCCUUAAAUGAUUAGAUGAA